AUGGCAAACUUAUCCAAGCAUUUCUUCUUUGCAAUAUUGCAACGCGCUUUGGUAAUUCUUACAGUUCUGGUUCAGGCUCAGGGCAAGUCAGAUAAUUUCAUCAGCAUUGACUGCGGAAUAUUGGAUGGCUCAAACUACACAGAUGAAACGACGGGCAUCGGUUACCUUUCUGACUCGAACUUCACAGAAACCGGCGAAAGCCAUGAGAUAUCACCCGGGUACAAACUGCAAACCGCAAUACAGCAGUUCUGGAACGUUCGGAGCUUCCCAGAAGGAAUCAGAAAUUGUUACAUCCUGAAACCUGUACAAGGAAAAGAUACAAGGUAUUUGAUCCGAUCAAGGUUCCUGUACGGAAACUAUGACAACAAAGCCUAUCUCCCAGUGUUUGACUUGUAUCUCGGGGUUCAUUUAUGGGACACGGUAAACCUUGAGUUUGCAGGGACUCCGGUAGACAUGGAAAUAAUACAUGUUCCAUCAUCAAAUUACAUAUAUGUUUGUCUAGUGAACACGGGCUAUGGGGUUCCAUUUAUAUCAGCGUUAGAGCUGAGGCCUUUAGACAGCCAAAUUUACCGAAGUCAAAGUGGAUCAGCACUACAACUCUUUAAGCGGUAUGAUUUUGGUACGACAAGCAAUGAAGCGACCAGGUAUCAAGACGAUGUGUAUGAUCGCUUGUGGUCACCUUUUUCAAAAGAUACCACCUGGACAGCGUUAAAUAAUUCCCUCGCUGAUAAGAACUCCUUAGGCAAGACCAUCUUCCAACCACCCCUUGAGGUGCUGAAUACUGCCUACACACCAAGUGGGACCAGCAAUUCAAGUGGUAACAAUAUGGGAUUCAAUUGGAAGCCUCCAAACCGUACAUCUCCAUAUUAUUUCUAUAUGCACUUUGCGGAACUACAGGAGAUCAACAACAACGAAUCUAGAGAGUUCAAUAUUUAUAUAAACGGGGAUUUGCUGCCGCCAGGAUAUAUUCCUCUUGAUCAGUACUACUUGCGCAUAGUUUCAGUGUAUACCGCCAUUUCUGAUCCAAUUAUUACACCUGAUAGCGAAGGGGUGAUUCAGGUCUGGAUUAACCAAACAGAAAAUUCAACACUACCACCCCUUAUAAAUGCCAUGGAGAUUUUCAUGCUUAAGGAGCUAUCCCAACGAGGAACAAAUGAAAACGAUGUUAAUGCUACUCUGAAUAUCAAGUCGGAGUAUGGAGUGAAGAAAAACUGGCAAGGAGAUCCUUGCGUUCCCAAGGCCUACUUGUGGGAUGGCCUCGAUUGCAGUUAUGACGCUAAUAAUCUGCCUCGAAUCAUAUCCUUGGAUCUGUCAAACAAUAGCUUAGACGGGAAAGUACCUGAAUUCCUAGCUCAACUGAAAUAUUUGAGAACUUUAAACCUACAAGGAAACAACCUUACGGGUCCAAUUCCUGAUGCACUUCUUCAAAGAUCGAAAAACGGUCUAUCAUUAAGCAUUGAUACAUACCUGAAUCCAUGUCUGUCGGGAUCGUGCGGUAAAAAGAAGAAGAAGAAGAAGAAGAAGUACAUAAUUCCAGUUGUUGCAUCUCCAAGUUGUCAUGUUCUUACACUCGAUUACACGGUGAGUACAGAGUCCAUUGGAGGGAGGGUGCCAAUUUUCUCAAGAAAGCAAAAAUUUAAAUAUUCAGAGAUCCAAAGGUUUACCAACAACUUUGAGAGGGUACUGGGUCGAGGCGGGUUCGGAGAGGUUUACCAUGGCAACUUAAAUGGCAACGAAGUAGCACUUAAACUACUUCUGAGAGUUCAUCAUAAAAACUUGACUACUCUUGUUGGGUAUUGCGAGGAGGGAACCAAUGUUGGGCUCAUCUACGAGUAUAUGGCCAUGGGAAACUUACGAUCUCAUCUUUCAGGUAGAAGUACAAACAUACUGAGUUGGGAAGAUAGACUUCGUAUAGCAAUAGACACUGCACAAGGAUUGGAGUACUUGCACAACGGCUGUAAGCCGCCUAUAGUUCACCGCGAUGUUAAGUCUACUAACAUCUUGUUGAAUGAAAAGCUACAAGCUAAGCUGAGUGAUUUUGGCCUGUCCAAGAUUUUUCCAAACGAGGGUGGUGCACAUAUUUCAACAAGUGACAGCACUCCCGGUGUAUCAACAAGUGUUGCAGGCACUCUUGGAUACCUUGACCCUGAGUACUACGAAUCAAACUGGUUAAAUGAGAAAAGUGACGUCUAUAGCUUUGGAGUCACUCUGAUGGAGAUAAUCACAGGUCAACCGGUGUUAACAAAAACUCAAGAUAAUAAACACAUAGUUCAGUGGGUUAGUUCCAUGCUUGAGAUGGGGGAUAUUAAAAAGAUUCUUGAUCCGAGGAUUAAAGGAGAUUUUGAUGUUAACACUGUGUGGAAAGCCGUUGAAAUAUCAAUGGCUUGUGUUGCACCAAGUUCUAGAGAUAGACCAACCAUGAGUCGGGUAGCAACGGAACUAAAGGACUGUUUGACAACACAAUUAAGUACUGCUAGAAAGGACGUCUCUCAUGUGGCUACAUCAAAAGACGACUCGGACGAAAUGAUCUCCAGAAAUAUGAUCACAGAACUAACUCCCCAAGCAAG